AUGUCACAAAAUUCCUUCCCGGGGACAAACCCCUUCCUCAACACCAGCGUCAAGGAGAAGCCCUCCGCAGUCGACCAAAUCGCAGAGGAAGAUGAAUUUGAAGUGACGUCACCAACUGACCUGACUUUCAAAAAUGCCGCUGGGCCUUCACCGUUUGGAGGCAGCGCGUUCGCAGGGGGCGCGUCGGGAUCAGGCGGCAGCAACGAAGCCUCCCUGUUCGGACGAGGUCCCUUUGAUACCGCCCCCGGUGACGGCACAGAUCGGCUGAACGAGGAGCAGCCUGCCGCACUCCCAACGGGCACAGUGCAGCAGGGGUUCCCCAACAACUACGCAUUGGGACGACGAACCUCCGUCUCCGCCGAGUCGUUGAAUCCUACAUCGGCGGGAUCUGACAGCUGGAGUCCUCCCCAGCAUCCCAAAUCUGAGGAGCAGUUGGCCCGUCUCAAGACGGCGGUCAGCAGCAACUUUCUUUUCUCUCAUUUAGACGAUGAUCAAUUCAAGACGGUUCUCGAUGCGCUCGUGGAAAAGCCCAUUCCCGCCAAGGGUAUCAAGGUGAUCUCCCAGGGAGAUGCCGGUGACUAUUUCUACAUUGUCGAGGAUGGACAUUUCGAUAUAUACAUUCACCCGGCCGGCUCGGUCCAGCCCGGCACCGAUGGAAUGGGCAACAAGGUUGCCUCAACCGGGCCCGGUGGAUCGUUUGGUGAAUUGGCUCUGAUGUACAAUGCUCCCCGUGCCGCCACGGUCGUUUCCACCGACGCCAAAAGCACCCUGUGGGCAUUGGACCGGAUCACCUUCCGACGCAUUCUCAUGGAUUCGGCCUUCCAGCGGCGCCGCAUGUACGAGGCCUUCCUGGAAGAGGUGCCUCUCCUAUCCUCGCUCAAACCCUACGAGCGUUCCAAGAUCGCCGACGCUUUGGAGCCGAUCAAAUUCCCCGCCGGAUCCACCAUCAUCAAUGAGGGCGACCCCGGUGACGCCUUCUAUCUUCUCGAAUCAGGUGAGGCGGAGGCCGUGAAGAAUGACGUCUCCGUCAAGCAAUACAACCGAGGAGACUACUUUGGCGAGUUGGCCCUGCUCGACGAUAAGCCCCGCGCGGCCAAUGUGGUGACUAAGACCGAGGUCAAGGUUGCCCGUUUGGGUCGGGAUGGAUUCAAGCGGCUCUUGGGUCCGGUGGAGGAUAUCAUGCGCCGGGCUGAUUAUAAGGUGGAGGAUGUCAAAUCCCCCGUGUCUAAAUAA